GUAAAGUUUGGAAAUACAACAUUUAAGACAGAUGUGUAUCCCAAAUCACUUAAUCCUCAGUGGAAUUCUGAGUGGUUCAAAUUUGAAGUAGAUGAUGAAGAGCUACAAGAUGAGCCUCUCCAGAUCACAGUUCUUGAUCAUGAUACCUACAGUGCUAAUGAUGCCAUUGGCAAAGUCUACAUAGAUAUUGAUCCUUUGCUCUAUAGUGAAGCAGCUACAGUUAUUUCAGGAUGGUUUCCAAUUUAUGAUACCAUUCACGGUAUACGUGGAGAGAUCAAUGUGGUGGUGAAAGUAGAUCUCUUCAAUGAUUUAAACAGAUUUAGGCAGUCAUCCUGUGGAGUCAAGUUUUUUUGCACUACGUCUAUUCCUAAGUGUUACAGAGCAGUAAUAAUUCAUGGAUUUGUGGAAGAACUUGUAGUUAAUGAAGACCCAGAAUACCAGUGGAUAGACCGAAUUCGUACACCGAGGGCAUCGAAUGAGGCUAGACAAAGACUCAUUUCACUCAUGUCAGGUGAAUUGCAAAGGAAGAUUGGCUUGAAGGUGCUUGAAAUGAGAGGAAAUGCUGUUGUUGGUUAUUUGCAGUGUUUUGAUUUGGAGGGAGAGUCUGGACUAGUAGUGCGAGCCAUAGGAACAGCCUGCACAUUGGAUAAACUAAGUAACACAUCAGCAUUUUUACCUGCAUGUAACUCCCCAUCCAAAGAAAUGAAGGAGUCUCCGCUGGUUCAUCCGCCAAGCCAUGGAUGCCGCUCGACUCACAACAGCCCAAUUCACACUGCUACUGGCUCACGACUUACUCAGAACUUCUCUGUGUCUGUUCCCACUCUCAUCUACACUGGAAUGGGCAGUGGGAGUGCUGGAAAAGAAGGGGGGCCAUUUAAAACUCUUUUAAGACAACAGACUCAGUCAGCUCUGGAACAAAGGGAAUUCCCAUUUUUUACCUUGACGACCUUUCCACCAGGCUUCCUUGUCCACGUUGGUGGUGUUGUCAGUGCACGAUCUGUGAAGCUCCUGGACCGCAUUCACAAUCCUGCCUUUGUCGGAAUUAUGGGUAACACAAGAUCAUACAAACUGCUAGACUGGAAUAGUUUCAAUUCAGAUGAACCAGAGACACGAGAUGCAUGGUGGGCAGAAAUCAGACAAGAGAUAAAAUCCCAUGCCAAGGCAUUGGGUUGUCAUGCUGUAGUGGGCUACAGUGAAUCAACUAGCAUUUGUGAAGAGGUCUGUAUUUUGUCCGCGUCUGGCACAGCAGCUGUACUGAACCCUAGGUUUCUUCAGGAUGGCACCAUGGAAGGCUGUUUGGAACAAAGGAUUGAAGAAGCUUCACCACCAGGUUGUGGAUUUUGCCAUAUACCGUAUGAUGAAUUGAACAUGCCAUUCCCUGCUCACCUCACUUAUUGUUACAACUGCAGGAAGCAAAAAGUUCCUGAUGUCCUUUUCACCACAAUUGAUCUUCCUGUAGAGGCAAUAGUUAUUGGGAAGGGAUGUCUUAUUCAAGCCAGGUUGUGCCGUCUAAAGAAGAAAGCUCAAGCUGAAGCAAAUGCGACAUCUAUCAGCAAUCUCUUGCCAUUUAUGGAAUACGAAGUGCACACCCAGCUGAUGAAUAAACUUAAGCUGAGAGGAAUGAAUGCUCUGUUCGGGCUGAGAAUUCAGAUCACUGUGGGUGAAAAUAUGCUAAUGGGGUUGGCAUCUGCAACAGGUGUGUAUCUAGCAGCUUUGCCAACACCUGGUGGUAUUCAGAUUGCUGGGAAGACUCCAAAUGAUGGCACCUAUGAGCAGCAUAUAUCUCACAUGCAAAAGAAAAUAAAUGAUACGAUAGCAAAAAAUAAGGAACUGUAUGAGAUUAAUCCUCCAGAGCUACCUGAAGAAAUCAUUGGGUCUCCCAUUCCAGAGCCAAGACAACGUUCCAGGUUAUUAAGAUCUCAGUCAGAAAGCUCUGAUGAAGUUACAGAGCUAGACCUUUCACAUGGGAAAAAGGAUGCUUUUGUCUUGGAGAUUGAUGAUACAGAUGCAAUGGAAGACGUACAUUCUUUACUGACAGAUGUUCCACCACCUUCUGGUUUUUACAGUUGCAACACAGAAAUUAUGCCUGGUAUAAAUAACUGGACACCGGAAAUUCAAAUGUUCACAGCAGUAAGAGUAUCCAGAUUAAGCAACAUUAACCUAACAAAUCAAACACUUAAUAAGAACUUUAAUGAUCUCUGUGAGAAUCUGUUGAAGAGCUUGUAUUUUAAACUACGAUCUAUGGUUCCCUGCUGCCUUUGUCAUGUAAAUUUUACAGUUGCUCUACCGGAGGAUGAAUUAGUUCAGAUUGCAGUCACAGCGGUUGCAAUUACGUUUGACAAAAACCAAACAUUACAAGCCAACAAAGCCCCUACAGAAAAAUCACAGCAAAGAGCAUCUACAGACAAUGAAGAACAGCUACAAUUUCCAUUGGAACUUUCCUCUGAUCCCCUUGCUUCUCAACCAUUCUCGCCAGCUAAAGAAGCCCUCGAGGGUGCAAGUUCCCACACAGUUGAUUACAGUUCCUUUGCAGACAGAUGCAACAGCUGGAUAGAGCUCAUUAAACUGAAAGCUCAGACCAUAAGGCGCGGAUCAAUUAAGACAACUGCUUCACUUGAUAAAACAAGUCCAUUGGCUGAGGGAUACUUACGGCCCCGUUCUGUUCCAUCUUGCGCCAAUUCUACCGUCUCAGUUGUUAAGAUGACACCUCUUUCUUUUCUACCUGGGGCAAAAAUAACCAAAUAUCUCGGGAUAAUCAACAUGUUUUUUAUACGAGAAACCACUUCGUUGCGUGAGGAGGGUGGUGUCAGUGGUUUUCUCCACGCAUUUAUUGCUGAAGUGUUUGCCAUGGUGAGAGCUCAUGUUGCAGCUUUAGGGGGGAAUGCCGUUGUCUCGUACAUAAUGAAGCAGUGUGUUUUUAUGGAGAAUCCAAACAAAAAUCAGGCCCAGUGUUUAAUAAAUGUAAGUGGCGAUGCAGUCAUCUUUGUACGUGAAUCUGAGUUAGAAAUGUUACCAGUGCAACCUUCUACGGUUGUUUCGCAGCCCACAAGUUCUGGAGGAGAUGUCACAACGUGA